AUUUCAGCCACCCACCAUGUCCUUGCCACCGCGAAAGAUAGGAAAUGCCUUGGUAAACCCCAUCGGCUUCGGUGCUAUGGGCAUCAGUAAAUAUUAUGGAAAAGUUGGGACCGACGAGGAGCGAUUCGAGGUUCUAGACGCUGCUUUCGCUGCUGGAUCUAAUCAUUGGGACUCUGCCAAUGUCUACGGUGACUCUGAGGUACUCAUUGGAAAAUGGUUCAAACGCACAGGCAAACGGAAUGAAAUCUUCCUCACCUCAAAAUUUGGAAACACUCCCAAUGGCGUUCGCGGUGAGCCCGAAUAUGUGAAAGAACAGUGUGCAAAAACGCUCGAGCGAUUCGGGGUCGAUCACGUCGACCUUUACUACGCUCACAGAAUCGACCCCAAAGUACCAAUCGAGUUGACAGUGGGCGCCAUGGCUGAGCUUGUCAAAGAAGGGAAAGUCAAGUAUCUUGGCCUCUCGGAAUGCACGGCUGCGGACUUGUGCAGGGCUCACGCUGUUCAUCCUAUUUCUGCUAUCCAAAUGGAAUAUUCACCUUUGUUCCUCGAUAUCGAAGGUGAAGAACUCGGUCUACUCAAAACAGCCAGGGAAUUGGGCGUCACUGUGGUUGCCUACUCACCCUUAGCUCGAGGUUUGAUUACAGGCCAAUAUACAUCGCCUGACGAUUUCGAACCAGACGAUUUCAGACGUUCUGUACCUAAGUUCCAGGCCGAAAAUUUCCCAAAGAUUCUUGAACUUGUGGACCGCAUCCGUGAAAUUGGUACUAAAUAUAAUGCAACCCCAGGUCAGGUAACCUUGGCCUGGAUCCUUGCGCAAGGCGAUGACUUCGUGGUUAUUCCUGGCACGAAAAAAGUUAAAUAUCUGAAGGAGAACAUGGGUGCAGCGGCGAUCAAGCUCACUCCGGAAGAGAUCGCCCUCAUCCGCAAGUAUUCUGAGGAGUGCCAAGUUCCUGGUGAACGUUACGGACCUUCCAGUAUGCAGCAUGUUCUCAAGCAGAGUCCUCCACUUCAGAAGUGAGGUUUUCUUUCGAGGACAAUGUACUUGAAAUCGGGUAGGAAUGUGAUAUAGCGAAUCAAAGCGUUUCUGUUACAUUUCGCCUAGAACACGCUUGAGUCGGUGUGUCUUACCAGAUAGAUCGGCUGAACUAUCCAAGUCUUCUCGCCGCGACCGCCACAUCUUCAGUUCUGCGCAAUCUGUGGUGGAACGGAGGUGUUGGUACUUGGUACUUGUGAUCCGCCACAGAUUCAC